CUGGAACACCAUCCCGGCGUGUACUUCACCGGCGACGUGGCCCUGCGGGACGCCGACGGCUACUACAUGGUGGUGGGCCGCGCCGACGACGUGCUGAACGUGGCCGGCCACCGCAUCGGCUCGGCGGAGGUGGAGAGCGCGCUGGUGUCGCACCCGUCGGUGGCGGAGGCGGCGGUCAUCGGCAAGCCCGACGAGCUGCGCGGCGAGAGCAUCAAGGGCUUUCGUGACCCUGCG